AUGAGCACCGCUCACGAUCCCAAUGAGGCGUAUCGUCAAACCCAAUUCCAGAUCUACAACCUACAACAGACACUUUUGAAUUCGUCCAAGAAUGGUACCAGCAGGGGGGCCGAAAACCAGACGCCAUCUGCAACUAGAUCAGACGGGCAGAGAAGCAAGACCACCAACGCGAAGAACAGCAGUGACGCAGCAAACGACCAGUUCAAGCCGGGCGCGACUCUGCCACGCACAGAGAUCGACUCCAGACCCGUGCUGGCUGUGGUGGAUCAAAAAUUUGGGCGUGGCCACCCACAACUGGGGACUCUGGCAUACGAUCCCUGGAAGACCGCUCGGCUGGAACCGCGGCAAAGUUUGGACGGAGAAGUGCGCGCUUUAGAGGCCGGGCUCGCCUUGCCCCGGCCGUUUUUGCCUGCCUUUGGGCUUUCCGCCGUCAAUUCGCUUGUGGCUGUCGAUCUGCGCUACGAAAACAUCACUGCCGCCUUGCAGGACCCUUCGGCCAACACGCGCGUCGCCAACAAUGAGCUUUGGGGCUCACACAUCUACACGGACGACUCAGACCCUCUACUUGCAUUGAUUCACUGCGGUGUGCUGGGCCCCACAAAAACCACCCCGGCGCCUGCUCAAAAACCCAUGCGAACGCCGGCCAACCUACGCAACACGGACAACGUCGUGGGCAGCUUUCCGCCUGGUGCAGCUGCGUAUGACCUGAAAGUGGACUUGUUGCUCCUGCCGCCGCUCCAGGCCUAUUGCUCUACGUACCAGAACGGCAUUCGGUCCCGUUCCUGGGACGCCCUUCACGACGGCUUGAGCUAUGGUAUAUAUGCCGUCGAGAUCAUACCCAGAGACCACUCACUGCGCGAUGUCGACGCCCAGGACCAGGUGAAGACCGUUGAGUGGUAA